AUGAAUUCCGUGUUGAAAUUUCCCUAUAUCUUUAAACCAAAUGUCCAAAACAUCAGAACAACUUAUUGGUAUUGUAGGACAGGUUACAGAGAUGUAGUGGGUCACGGUGUUAAUGGGAUAGCCAGCUACAAAGAUGACGCCCAUUUCCCAUUCCCAGCUGUGAGGUUUAAGGAGAACACUCAAGACAUAUGUGCUCUUCGCGAGAAGGAACGUUGUGAUUGGCGGAUGCUCUGCUGCGAGGAGAAGAAGGCUCUGUACCGCGCCUCCUUCUGCCAGACCUUCGCGGAGUUCCAAGCACCAACUGGCCAGUGGAAGUUCAUCUUAGGAUGGGUGUUCGUCGUUACUUCCUUCACAUUCUGGGCAGCAAUGUUUUAUCAUCAUUACGUGUAUGAACCAUUGCCAAGUACAUUCUCCAAGGAGUCUCAGAAGGCUCAACUGCGGCGUAUGUUGGAGCUACGAGUCAAUCCCAUAGACGGCAUUUCAUCACUCUGGGAUUACGACAACGACAAAUGGCUGGUAGCCAUUGUCCUAGCCUUUAUUGGCAUGUCCUUGGCCAAUCCCGUCCCAUCUGGUUUAGGGGGUCUGACCUACCCGCAGCCAGUUCUCGGUGAGUCUAGAUCCAGCUUCAUCAAUCACGGAGUUUCUAUUCCCGUUGUCAAAGUACCUAUCGUGAGCCUCCCUAUACUACCAAUAGUAAAACCCGUCUACUCCAUAAUAAAACCUGUCGUCUUGAAAGAUUACGGCUACGUGGAGCACGAGAAGAUAAUGAGAAGUAUGAACGAUAGAGAGUGGCAGUAUGAAGGAAUACCCAUUGAGUUGCCCCUCCGAAGAAGCGAAACUGUAAAGAAGACAACUCCCAAAAAAAAGAUUAUCAUAUCAACCAUAGACCCGCCUCUGGAUCCCCGUUUUCGUCGUAUCUACAACGCGGAUGAAGUAGCAUCUAUUGAAGACUAUCCCUUCUUAGCGGCUCUACUCGUCAACAAACAGCUUUGGUGUGGCGGCGCCAUCAUAGAUGGAGACACUGUCAUAACAGCUGCACAUUGUUUGCAAUUACAAUACAACAACCGUUUCUUUCGAGAAUACGUGAAGAUGUUGUCAGUGCGAGUAGGUUCAUCCAACGCAACUUAUGGUGGAGAACUGUACCGAGUUACCGAAAUAUUCUUUCACCCUAAUUACAAGCCAAGUACUCUGGAAUUUAACUUGGCCAUCUUAAAACUCCAUAAAAACAUAACACCGGACACAGCUAACACACAUGUAGCACAGAUUGAUUACUCUAGUGAUAAACAUGUACCCACCGAUAGUAAUAUUACGUUUCUUGGCUGGGGCUCCGUCAUGGGCGUCGGUGGCCUUGGAGGACAAGUUCUUCUCCAGAAAAUAGUUUUGCCGGUCUACGAUCUGGCAGAUUGCCAGGAAAUUUACGGAAGAGAUCUAGUCACCAGAAGUAACUUCUGCGCGGGAUAUAUAACUUUGGCUAAAAACGUUUGCAAUCACGAUGCCGGAGGUCCAGCUAUAAUGGACGGUCUAUUAGUUGGUAUUCUCUCUUUCUCAUCCAAACGCUGUGAUGAACGUGACCAGCCAGCCGUCUUCACAACAGUAGGAGCCGUCGCUAACUGGAUCGAGACGCUAGGAGAUAGGCAGAUCAAACUCACGUAG